AUGACGGUGAGUGCAUAUGAUAAUAAUAAUAAUAGUAAUAAUAUCAAAAAUAAGAAAAUAGUUAAGAAUUUAAAGAAAGAUGAAGGCAAUGAUAGUAAUGAAGAAUUUAAUGAACAGUUAUUCAUUAAAGCAUUUUCUCAAAGAAUAAUAAGAGAUAGAACAGGUAAUUUUCCACAUUAUAAAAGGCCAUUGAAUGAGAAUCUUAAUAAAGAUAGUACUAGGACCACUAGUAACAUAUUUGAUUCUGUUGAUUCUAAAAUUUUUACUAAUCGUGGUAACAAAUUGUUACAAAAUUCAGAAUAUGUUACAAAGAGAAAGUUGUUUAAUCCAAUGGCAUUAAACGAGGAUGUUAUCUAUUAUAAUGGUUCUGAGCAUAAAUUGUUACAUAGAAAAAAAGUGAAAUUUUCAAACAAUGAAAUACAAAAUGAUAAUAAUAUUCUCGAGGAUGAUAUGAAUGAUCAGGAUAUUGAUUUACAUAAAUUGGUUAAUGUCAGAGAUAUUCUAACUCCUAUUUCAUCUUUAUCUGAUAUUGUCAAUAAACCAAGUACAUUACGGAUAUUUCAAAAUAAAAUUAUGUAUGAUUUAUCAUUAAAAAUUGUUUUAAUGAUUGAAAGGGAACAAUCUUUUGUCAAUAGAUAUUCAAAUUUGUUAGAUAUUUUCCUUGGUGAUUAUCCAAACCCUUUGUAUGAAUCAAUAUUAAAAUUGAAAGAUUAUGAUCACAACUUAAUAUUACCAGAUAAAGAAGAUGACGAGGAGGAGAAUAAAGAAAUGGUGGAGGAAAUGGGAACAAAAAAUAAGAACAUUGAGAAACAAAAAGAUAUUAAUGGGAAUGAAAGAAAUAACACUGAUAAUACUGUUGAAGAUCCAUUUUUUGCUUUGCCAGAGAUUUCAAAUAAAGACGGUUUGAAAUUACUUAUAGGUGACAAUAAUGAUAUUAGUGAUCUUAAUAAAAUCAGUAAUAUUAAUGACCAGUUUGAGUUAACAAGACAAAUGACACAGAUUGCAUUGCAAAGAAAUGAAGAAUUCAUAAGAAAUCUGUUAAAGAUAAGAAAUUUCUUAGAUAAAUCGAAUAGAAUACGGGAAAGGAUUUUAUCAUGGAGUAAAGAAUCUGUAGGGAUCCAGGACGAUGAUGUUACGGUUCCUAGUGUUUUGCGUGUAGUGAAACGUGGUUUGAUUAGCGCCACAACAAAUCAAACAGUUAGGGAAACAGAUGAAAACGUAGAUGAGAACACUAAUAAUGAUAAAGAAAACAGUAAUAAUAACAAUAAUAAUAAUAAUAAUAAUAAUAAUAAUAAUAAUAAUAAUAAUAAUAAUAAUAAUAAUAAUAAUAAUAAUAAUAAUAAUAAUAAUAAUAAUAAUAAUAAUAAUAAUAAUAAUAAUAAUAAUGACGAUAAAGAAAGAGGAAAUUAA